GUACUUCCUCUUCAUUGCACUGUAAAUGCAUUUGAAAUCUCUCAAAAUAGGAAGUAUUUAUAGUUUGUGGAAAUUAAUUUAACUUCAAACGUGAAGUGUUGUUAGGGUAUUCGGUUCUAUCAAAACAACUGGAAACAUGCAAAGUCGGUAGGAUGUAAGAUGUCGCAUCUUUUCAUAUUUAAUCUGAGAAUUUUAUGUAUCUACUUACUGGGAUAUUUUGUUGAAUACUGCUCACCAGCUGAGGAUUGCGAUUGGUCUGCAUGGACCGAACCAGACAGUGACCAAUUCCAACAUCGCGCUAAGGAUUGUGAUGGCAAAGUGGAAAUUGAGAGUAGGAAUUGCAAUAUCACUACUUGUAGCUUAUCAAAUGGCAAAAAUAGAACAACUGAGAACCCUCCCGAGACCACGCCCAUAGAGCAUGUCGAUCUACCAAACCACUCUGGCAGUUCUUCUAGUGUCAAAGACACCGCCACAUUACCGACCACAAAGCACCACGGAAACCUAUCACAGAACUCUACAUUACCCCGUGAGGAAACUGUAGGUAGUAACAACCACAACAGAUCAAUAUCAGCGACAACUCAAAUAAACUGGCAUGGCAAGUUAGAUGAUAAUAAGGGUAAAACCAAACUGAAGAAUAAUACAGACAGCAAUUCAACAACAGCGAAAACCAUGAUCAUUUCGGAAACCAAGUCAGAUGAAAAGAAUCAAGGCAAACUGGAGACGGCCUCGGUUACUGAAGAUGUAAUCGUUUUGAGAAAUGUUUCCCCUAAAGGUGAUUUCGGAUAUGCAGCAUGUGAACAACGAAAAGAGCAAGAACUCAAUGGUUUUCGAUACGUUAAAGAAUGCCUUAUAUCAGUAUUGGCCUUGAUCCUGGUAAUUGCUGUGACCGCUCUUUGGUGUGAAAGGCAAAAGAGAUUAAAAUGUGAAAGAGAGCGUUUGUAUAUUUUUUCUUUACCCCAAAACACUGCACUGACAUCCUCGGAGGAGGACGACACUCGCUACAACGCAAUGACCGAUUUCACCAGGCUCUUUUCAAGCUCCAGCGCGGAGAGAUUAUCUUCCUGUGUUUACCAAGACAUAACGGACAUGGUUUCCUCGGAAUUUUCUUCGCCAAGAUCGACAUAUCAGCAAAUACCAUUCAGACAUUCCAAACAGUCGAAUUCUGGGGAGACAAAAAGCCAAGACCUUACUUCAUUUAUAUAAACUAAACACUUUAAAACUUCACUACAAAACAGUGUCAAAGAAAGAGAGAACAUAAUCCAAACUUCACGAUCAGUUUCGCAUGCACUCACUGACCAUUGAUCAACUCACAGAAUUUGUUUUGUUUUCGUGAAUAAUUAAAUAAAUAUUCUCAAUCCACUUUUGAGACUCUUAAAUUGCACAAGAAUUUAACAUCAAUUUUUCACUAAAACGGGAAAAUAAAGCUCAUAGAAGGUAAGGGUACGCAAGACUAUUUUUGACAGUGAAGGUAUAGUUACAUGUACAAAAUAAGUGGGCGGGUGGGUGCAACUCAGACAAACCUGGUUGAAAAUAACAAUGGCACGACCUAUAUUUACAUGUUCCAGUAUUUAGAAUACAGAUUCUUUUAUUA